AUGAAAUGCUGUGCCGGUGGGUUCUCUCCCUCUACCAGCAUGUCUAAAGUGCACACCCGUCGACCUCAGGCCAGCGGACGUGUUUUUUGGAACCUAAUGCCCUUUGGCUAGUUGUCUCGAUAGUGCCGCAACUGUCUUUCGGACGUUUUUUGAAGUUCUGGGCGGGGUUGAGAUGCAAGGCCGAAGUUGUUUGUGGAAACCCGGAACCCUGCAGGGUUUGGCCAUAUGGUCAUCCCACCUUGGCCUGAGGGGAUUUAAAGUCAGUGAUCCCGGGCCCGAAACAUUUCUGCUUUUCGAAAUCGCUUUAGUCACUGUCGAGCUGUGUAUUUUUUUUAUUUAGAGCAUUUCAGAUACUUCUUACAACAUGUCCGUUCCAUUGACUCACGACUGGUCGGCGGAGAACUGGGACUGGCCUCUCCAGCACAAUGAUGGCAUCGUCAAGGUUCACAACACCAAUGACAAGUGGGAAGUUGGACUCGAUGCCUCCUUCUUUACACCUAAGGAGAUUGAGGUAAGCGUAGAUAUUGGAAUUUGAAUUAUAGGGCUGUCUCACCUGUCUAAUCUUUUUGUUACAGGUCAAAGUCAUCAAUGACACCCUCAGCAUCCACUGUGUUCACGAAGAACGUCAAGAUGCUCACGGUGCCGUGAAACGUGAGAUCAACCGUUCCUACCACUUGCCCGCUGACGUCGACCCAUCCACCUUGAAGUCCCAUUUGACGACUCGUGGUGUUCUCCAGAUCACCGCCGAUAAAAAAAAGUAAAAAAACUCGAUUAAUCAAAGCCAUCUUCUGUACCUUCUUUUUUCAAUGUAAUUAUUGCGUAGUAAUCAUAUCGAAUAAUUAAAAAGCAGAGUGCCUAAGGUUAUUUUUGUCUGUUCUUUGAGAGAAACAGCUGGGUAAUCCAUCGAAACAUAACAAUUGGCGAUUUAUUAAUAGCGAAAGUUUUCGUCAUCCUUAUUCAAUCGACGGGAGUUUCAGGUGA